GGACUCGGGAGCUGACAGCGAGCACUUCACCCACAGUUGCGACGAAGAUAGCUCGUUGAGCUGGAACCCCACAGAUCGCCAGUGAAAAUGAAGGCGGCGGAUGAGCCUGCCUACCUGACAGUGGGAACUGAUGUCAGCGCCAAGUACCGAGGUGCCUUCUGUGAGGCAAAAAUUAAGACUGUGAAAAGGCUGGUAAAGGUUAAGGUACUCCUGAAACAGGAUAAUACUACACAAUUGGUGCAAGAUGACCAAGUAAAGGGUCCUUUAAGAGUUGGAGCUAUUGUUGAAACAAGGACGUCUGAUGGAUCCUUUCAGGAAGCUGUUAUCAGCAAGUUGACAGAUGCUAGUUGGUAUACUGUGGUGUUUGAUGAUGGUGAUGAGAGAACACUGAGACGUACCUCUCUUUGCCUAAAAGGAGAGAGACAUUUUGCUGAGAGUGAGACACUUGACCAGCUUCCAUUAACAAAUCCAGAGCAUUUUGGAACUCCAGUAAUUGCAAAGAAGAUGAACAGAGGAAGGAGGUCCUCUCUGCCUGUUAACGAAGAUGAAAAAGAAGAAGAAAGUAGUGAAGAGGAAGAUGAAGAUAAGCGACGUCUCAAUGACGAAUUAUUAGGAAAAGUUGUAAGUGUGGUAUCUACAUCUGAGAAGAGUGAGUGGUAUCCUGCUUUGGUAAUAUCUCCCAGUUGUAAUGAUGAUAUCACAGUGAAAAAAGACCAGUGUUUAAUUCGGUCAUUUAUCGAUUCUAAAUUUUAUUCUAUAGCAAGAAAGGAUAUCAAGGAAGUAGACAUUCUCAAUCUGCCUGAAUCUGAGCUCUCUGCUAAACCAGGGCUGCAGAAAGCAAGCAUCUUCUUAAAAACUAGAGUUGUUCCUGAUAAUUGGAAAAUGGAUAUAAGUGAAAUCCUUGAAUCAUCCAGUAGUGAUGAUGAAGAUGGUCCAGCUGAAGAAAAUGAUGAAGAGAAGUUAAAGGAGGCCAAAAAGGAAGAAGAAGAGAUGCCUGAGGAAGAACCUGAUCCUGAAGAGAGGGACAACUUCCUCCAACAGCUUUAUAAGUUUAUGGAAGACAGAGGUACUCCAAUCAACAAACCACCUGUUUUGGGCUAUAAAGAUCUCAACCUCUUCAAGCUCUUCAGACUGGUUUAUCAUCAAGGUGGAUGUGACAAUAUUGAUAGUGGUGCUGUAUGGAAGCAAAUUUAUAUGGACCUUGGCAUUCCUAUUUUGAAUUCAGCUGCUUCCUACAAUGUAAAAACUGCUUAUAGAAAGUAUCUCUAUGGUUUUGAGGAGUACUGCCGUUCUGCAAAUAUUCAGUUCAGAACUAUUCACCACCAUGAACCAAAAGUAAAAGAGGAAAAAAAAGACUUAGAAGAAUCCAUGGAAGAGGAGGCUCCAAAAGUAGAUCAAGAAAUGCCUUUAGUAGAAGUGAAGAGUGAACCUGAGGAAAAUAUUGAUUCAAACAGUGAAAGUGAAAGAGAAGAAGUAGAAUUAAAAUCUCCAAGGGGACGAAGGAGAAUUGCUCGAGAUGCAAAUUCUAUUAAAAAGGAAAUUGAAGAAGAAAAAACAGAAGACAAAUUAAGAGAUAAUGAUACAGAAAAUAAGGAUGUCGAUGAUGACUAUGAAACUGCAGAGAAGAAGGAAAACGAACUACUACUGGGGAGAAAAAAUACACCAAAGCAAAAGGAGAAGAAAAUUAGAAAGCAGGAGGAUUCUGACAAAGACUCAGAGGAAGAGGAAGAGAAAAGCCAAGAGAGGGAAGAAACUGAAAGCAAAUGUGACUCUGAAGGGGAGGAAGAUGAGGAAGACACAGAACCCUGCCUAACAGGCACCAAAGUGAAAGUUAAAUAUGGACGAGGGAAAACGCAGAAGAUCUAUGAAGCCAGUAUUAAAAGCACUGAAAUUGAUGAUGGAGAAGUUUUAUACUUGGUACAUUACUAUGGAUGGAAUGUCAGGUAUGAUGAAUGGGUAAAGGCUGACAGGAUAAUCUGGCCAUUGGACAAAGGUGGACCAAAGAAAAAACAGAAGAAAAAAGCUAAAAACAAAGAAGACAGUGAAAAGGAUGAAAAGAGGGAUGAGGAGAGGCAGAAGUCAAAACGGGGACGACCUCCUUUAAAAUCUACUCUUUCGUCUAACAUGCCAUAUGGUUUAUCUAAGACUGCAAACAGUGACGGAAAAUCAGGUACCAGAAGUGCUCGAAGCAAUAUGCCAGACAGCUCACCUCUGUCAAAUGGAAUGGAAGACUCCUGUUCAUCUGAUAGUGAAACAGAAGACCUUUUAGAAAAGAAUUUGAUGAAUGAACAACUUUCUCCUGAUAUUAAAGAAGAAUUAGAAAAAAAUGAAAAUUUAAAUGAUGAUAAGCUAGAUGAAGAAAAUCCAAAGACUGCUCCACAUAUAUUAAAAGAAAAUGAUAGGACUCAAAUGCAGCCUUUAGAAACCUUAAAGUUAGAAGUUGGAGAGAAUGAACAGAUAGUACAGAUUUUAGGAAAUAAAGUGGAGCAAGAAGAAGUUAAGAAAGAAGCAGAAAAAUCUCCUAAAGGAAAGGGAAGACGAAGCAAGACAAAAGAUCUUUCUUUAGAAAUUAUAAAGAUGUCAUCAUUUAGCCAGGAUGAAGCAGGAAUUGAACCUCAUACAGAUGCUCAGAGUCCAGAAUUUUCUUCGUUAGACAGUAAAAACUUUUCUUCUGCUACUGAAGAUGAAAUUGACCAAUGUGCAAAAGAAAAAAAGUUGAAACGAAAGAUACUGGGACAGUUAUCACCAGAGAAAAGAAUAAGAAUUGAGAACGGAAUGGAAAUGACAAAUAGCAUAUCUAGCAUAUCUCAAGAAAGGACCAGUGAUUGCACUGCAUCUGAGGGAAUGAAAAAUUUUGAACAACACUUUGAAAUAGAAAAUGAAGGAAUGCCAUCAUUAAUAGCAGAGCCAAACCAAUGCGUUCAAGAAUUGACUAAUGAAAAAUUUGAUGGUCCAGCAGAAGAAACUGUAAAUACUCCUCUAAAGGAAGAAGAGGAUGCAAUGCCUCUGAUUGGACCAGAAACCUUGGUUUGCCAUGAAGUAGAUUUGGAUGAUUUGGAUGAAAAGGAUAAAACCAGCAUUGAGGACGCCAUAGUUGAAAGCUCUGAAUCUAACUCUCUUGUUUCUAUUCCACCUGCCCUACCUCCUGUAGUACAGCAUAACUUUUCAGCAGCGUCACCGCUUACUCUCAGCCAAGAUGAGUCUCGAAGUAUAAAAAGUGAGAGUGACAUAACUAUUGAAGUUGACAGUAUUGCUGAAGAAUCUCAAGAAGGUCUCUGUGAGAGGGAAUCAGCAAAUGGCUUUGAAGCUGCCUCUGGUACCUGUAGUAUAAUUGUUCAAGAAAGAGAGAGCAGAGAGAAGGGUCAGAAAAGGCCAAGUGAUGGAACUAGUGGAUUAUUGGCAAAAAAGCAGAAGCGAACCCCAAAGCGAACAAGUGCUGUAGCCAAAAAUGAAAAGAAUGGAGCAGGACAAAGCAGUGAUAGUGAAGAUCUUCCUGUCCUAGACAAUUCAAGUAAAUGUACCCCAGUAAAGCAUCUUAGUGUAUCUAAGCCACAGAAGCUUGCACGAUCCCCUGCAAGGAUAUCCCCUCACAUCAAAGAUGGAGAAAAAGAUAAACAAAAAGAAAAACAUCCGAAUUCAUCCCCUCGGACAUAUAAGUGGAGCUUUCAACUAAAUGAAUUAGAUAAUAUGAACAGUACAGAGAGAAUCUCUUUUCUCCAAGAAAAACUACAGGAAAUCAGAAAAUAUUACAUGUCUUUGAAGUCUGAAGUUGCAACCAUAGACAGGAGGAGAAAAAGAUUAAAAAAGAAAGACAGAGAAGUGUCUCAUGCCGGAGCCUCCAUGUCAUCUGCUUCAUCAGACACUGGAAUGAGUCCCUCUUCAUCGUCUCCCCCACAAAACGUGCUUGCUGUAGAAUGCAGGUGAUAAACGUUUUCUCUGCCUUCCCAGCAGUUUGCUGCCAUGGACAUAAAUCCCCAAACCCUGAAAUACAACCACAGAAGGCACUCAACUGGUUUGACAUUGCUAAGUAUAUCCUGUACACUUUUCAAGGCUGGAUUGUAUCUACUCCCUUCUCUUUUCUUUUUUUCUGUUGCAAAAAAUACGCUGAUUAGUAACUGAAGUUUAGGCAGCCUGCCAUAUUUGUCAUAAUUUUUCCUUUAUAAUUUUUUUUUUUCAUUUUUUCUUGUGAAGAUAGAAAAAGGGCACUUAGCAAAUUUGAAACUGUAUAAUAAAGCUUUCAGGUAUUAGAGAAAUCAUAGACAAGCAAGUGCACAUGAUAAACAUCAAAUAUUAUCCAGCUACAUAGUUACUGCUGCACUUUCACUGAGAUGUAUUUGAACACUUGGUGAGUAGGGGGUUUAUGUUGUGUUCUUUUUAAUUGUUGUUGGUUUUAUUCUUUUUGUGGAAGCACUUGCUCUUUAGAACUGCCAAAGUAUAUGUUCAGCAGUGUGCCCAGGUUUAAUGUGUAAAUGGGACAAAAUAAAUUGUGAAAGGAAGUGUAGUUGACUGAAAACUACAGUUGUAAUAAGU